CACUGAUUGGCCAAGCAGCUGCUUUACCGGUGAGAUGCACUGUUUAGCGCUACAUCCACUUUAAAGAUUCUGAAUGGUUCACUCCUAGGAGGCUGCUUGACACAGACAACAGACGUGAUGCAAGCCCAGGACCUCCUGAGACAGCUGCAGAUCCCAGAGCUGGAGGAUGUGUGCCAGUACAUGCACAGCCUGCCCGCCAACAUCCUGAUGGGCGUGGGCGCCCUUGCCGCCCUCACCACCUACUGGUACGCCACGCGGCCCAAGGCCCUCAAGCCGCCCUGCGACCUCAACAUGCAGUCAGUGGCCAUGACGGGUGAUGGUUACGUCAGGCGGUCCAUUCUGAAUAACAACGACGAGCACAUGACUCACUACUACAGUGACGCACGGACCAUGUACGAGGUAUUCCUCCGAGGCAUGCGGGUGUCCAUUGACAGGCCCUGUCUAGGAUCAAGAAAACCCAACCAGCCUUACAAGUGGCUGUCAUACCGAGAGGUGGCAGACAAAGCCGAGUGCAUUGGCUCGGCUCUUCUCCACAGAGGGCACUCCCAGACUGGAGACAAGCAUAUUGGCAUCUUUUCCCAGAACAGGCCAGAGUGGACCAUUUCAGAGCUGGCCUGUUACACAUACUCCCUGGUGUGUGUACCACUGUAUGACACGCUAGGCCUCGAGGCCAUUGAAUACAUCAUCGACCAAGCCGCUAUCUCUACGGUGAUCUGUGACUUGGUGGACAAAGUGCGGCUCAUCCUGGACUGCGUGAGCGGCAAGGAGCACACAUUGAAGACAAUCGUGCUCAUGGAGGCCUUCGACAAGGAGCUUGUGGCCCGCGGACAGCAGAGCGGCAUCGAGAUCCUUAGCCUGAAGGAAGUGGAGGCUGUUGGCAAAGCCCACCACCAGCAGCCAUUGCCCCCAACACCAGAUGACCUGGCACUCAUCUGCUUCACUAGUGGAACCACAGGAAACCCAAAGGGUGGAAUGCUUACACAUGGCAAUGUUAUCGCCAAUUGUGCUGCUUUCAUCAAGAUAACAGAGGUGCACUGCAUGCUGAACCUCCACGACAUUCACAUGUCCUACCUACCUCUAGCACACAUGUUUGAGAGGGUGGUGGAGGGAGUGAUCCUGGUGCACGGUGCCCGGAUUGGCUACUUUCAGGGGGACAUCCGGCUCCUGAUGGACGACCUGAAAACCCUGCAGCCCACAGUCUUCCCUGUCGUCCCCCGCCUGCUCAACCGCAUGUUUGACAAGAUCUUCGGACAGGCCAACACGCCACUGAAGAGGUGGCUGCUGGUUUUUGCCUCCAGAAGGAAGCAUGCGGAGAUGAUGAAUGGUGUGGUCAGGAAGGACAGCUUGUGGGACAAGCUCAUCUUCCAAAAAGUCCAGAACAGUCUUGGGGGUCGUGUGAGGCUGAUGAUCACAGGAGCGGCCCCAGUUUCUCCGACCGUCCUGACGUUCCUUCGUGCCGCACUUGGCUGUCAGUUUUACGAAGGCUAUGGUCAGACUGAGUGCACAGCUGGGUGUACCAUGUCCGUGCCUGGGGACUGGACAGCAGGUCAUGUGGGGGCUCCACUGCCCUGCAACUAUGUAAAGCUGGCAGAUGUGACUGAGAUGAACUACUUUGCUGCCAAUGGGGAAGGAGAGGUGUGUGUAAAAGGACCAAACGUAUUCAAGGGCUACCUGAAUGACCCGGAGAAGACGAAGGAGGCCUUGGAUCAGGAUGGCUGGCUCCACACGGGAGAUAUUGGGAAGUGGCUGCCUAAUGGCAUUCUGAAGAUUGUGGACAGGAAGAAGCACAUCUUCAAGCUGGCUCAAGGAGAGUACGUUGCCCCGGAGAAGGUCGAGAACAUCUACAUCCGGAGUGACCCGGUGGCCCAGAUCUUUGUCCAUGGCGAUAGCUUGCAGGCAUGCCUGGUGGGCAUUGUGGUGCCUGAUCCAGACUUCUUACCAGGAUGGGCAAAGAAGAAGGGCAUCGAGGGUUCUUAUUUGGAGAUGUGCGCAAGCAAGGAGUUGAAAAAUGCCAUUCUGGAGGACAUUCUGAGGCUGGGGAAAGAAGGGGGGCUGAAGUCUUUUGAGCAGGUGAGAGAUAUCUCGCUUCACACGGAGAUGUUCUCUGUCCAGAACGGCCUCCUGACGCCCACGCUCAAGGCCAAGAGGACCGACCUCCGCAGUCACUUCCAAGAGCAGAUUGACCUGCUCUAUGCGAAGAUCAAGAUGUGAACCCCCGGUUGAGGGGAAAGGGAAGCAGAGGGUGACUAUCAUCUGGAAACCAUAGCCCGCUCCACUUGAAUGUAAUGCUCCUCGGAUGUGAUGAUUGAUGACGGUUGUGCCCUCCCUUGUCUACUGUGACAGUGUCUUUGGUCCCCUUGCGAUGGAGAGGGAGGGAGACGGUUAUGUUAGAGGCCUAGACCGGGUUGUUUAUCUACAUUUGUUUAUAUCUAGGCCGUAGUGAAAGAGGGAGAGAUUCAUGCCUUACUGUCCAUGUGACACUCUGUGUCAACCAUUCCUGUCAUCCAUUUCCAGUGCCUAUCGAGUCGUCUGUUUGGAGUUUCUCGGCCAUCUCACGGUCGGUAAUCCCUCAAUUGUCAGUUUCAAUUAACUCCUUUUUACUAAUCAUCUCUAAAUUCUGACAAACUUUAGAUUAUUAUUUUAUGUUAAUACCACACCCAUGCAGAUGUUUCAGUAUCACCCUUGUUCAACUUGAGAAAUACAAUAGCUAUUUAUAGCAGUCUAUUUAAUGUUUGUCUCUUAAUUUAAUUUGAUAUUUAAUAUCAUUGAAUGUUACUGUAAGUAGUGUGUCUGUAUAAGGGGGAAAAAAUCAUGAGGACAUCAAUGGGUCAUGGUUGAUACAGGACAAGUGCCAUGUUUUCUUUUUCUCUGCAUUCCCUUUCUCUGCAUACCAAUGUGGUACUGUCAGAAGGCCUAGUCUGAACCUUUCUGAACAGUUCCAGAUCUAUUUUACACACACGACAAGUAGGAAGAUGUCCAUUCAGAAAGGUGUUGUGAUUUUCUGACCCGCUAAUGGUACAAAAGCCUGGCAAAGGAAACAAGCCUCCCACACAGCAGGGAUUUAAAAAACUAGGUUGUGUGUUUUCGUUCUGGUAUUGUACAUGCAAAGUGCCACUGAUGUUUCUGCUCUUACACAGAAACAUUUAUUCCGUAAGUGUCCUUAAAACUACAGUGGCCUCAAUGUGCCAAAAUGCACACGCUGGUACCUGUCCUAUCCACAGCACUUAGUCCUGUCGGCCAAAUGGAACCUGGGUCGUAAUUCCGAAGUCAACAAUCAGUAGCCAGCUGCCCAAUUCCGAUUCUCUUUCCAAAAUGUGCACUCGUUCACAUAAAAGGAAUAAUUGGGUGUAAGAAAUGAUGCAAGGUCUCUAGCUAGCCCAUGCUUACACAUCCAAUGUUUUCAAAUGGAGGUGGUAAAACUGACCUUUGUCCAAUUGAACUGCACACUCACCAUCCAUUUGAAGAUGUUUGCUCCCAUUUGAUGCCUAAUGAAGGAUACCCUGGAGAAUGAUCAGGUUAAGCUGGUUUAGACCAGUACCAAGCCAUGGCUCACUGGCCCCUUGCAAGCUUGCUUUUGUGGACAAAAAUAGUGAUUUGUGUUAGGCCUAACCAACCAUUUACCUCUAUAUAAGGAACCACAUUAUAGACAUUUGUCUCCUUUGCAAUCUAGCAAGGUUCCUUUUGUGAAUUCAGGUUAUUUAACAAUGAAUUAAGUGUUCAUGAUACACAUUGACCUGUUUGUUAACAUUGUUCUGUACUGGGUUUCUGCUUGGAUCACGUUAUCGAGACACGGUCACAGAUGGCCAAUACUAGGAACUUGACCUCUCUUUAAAUCGACUUAACCGUGUUCGGUUUCGUUGUGUUUUGUACAGGAGUAGAAACCAUACCUUUUUUCAUUUACUUGACUGUACCAAAUAAACACUGUCCCUGCUCUCUCUGA